CGAGGGGAAGCGGAAGCCUGAGCUCUUAGCCGGCGCCCAUGUCCUGCCCCUCGCUUCCCGCAGCGGAGACAGCACCAGCCGUAUCUUUCAGGAAGUGACUUAGGGUAGCAGAAGAAAAGUGGAGGUAUAGAGAACAGUGAUUCAAGAUUUCACUCUGGAUCAGCCAGCUCCAGAAUAAUCCUGAAACUAGGGAGCAGAUGGCAACACUAUCCCCUCAGUUGCUAACUGCGGCAGCUCAGCAGAACCUUAGACCAGGGAGGAAGAAGGGUUUAUCUCCAGCUGCCUCCUUGCACCUGGCUGGGGAGAUCUUAGCUGUAGCUUCUGGAUUGAAACCUGCUCUCCUGUAUGAUUACAAUUCAGUUGGAGUACACAAAAUCGAGAACUACCUUCAGCAGAUCCAGGGCAUCGGCCUGACGAGGCAUCGGCUGCACCUUCUUAAUAUAGCAGACAAUGUUCUGAUACUCAACCUGGAGAAGACGGCACUGUGGCUGGAAAUGCUGUUACUCACAAACAAAGUGCCCUUCAUUGAUGUUUCAGCUUCUAGGACAUGUCCUGGCCAUUGUGAGCCAGAAUACGUAGAAUCUAUAAAAGGCCACAUUGCUGAAAUACUGUCUCAUGUUAAAACACUGCCAAGUAUCACAUCCCAGCCGGUCACUACCAGUGAGAUCUUCUCUGCCGAUUGGAAUCUGUGCACCAUCUUUGGUGUUCUCCUGGGCUACCCAGCUUCCUAUACUUUCACUAAUGAGCAGGGGUUUGACAACUGUUUGUCUCUGACCCCACUGAGAGUUUUUACUGUCCAGGCCUCUUGCUGUAGGAUAAGUAAAGAUCUCCGAGUCCGAAUUUAUUCCUUUAGUGUCCCAGAGAACCUGUAUCUUGCCAUGAAGGAGGCCCUGGAUGCAUGGAGUGGAAAUCUGAAGGACUUAUUUAGUGCACAGAAUGACUUUGCAAACCUCUGUAUCUCAACGGAGGUGGUUUCUCUAGCCGCUGUUGCUUUGUAAAUAUAGUUUCUUCAUUUCUUAUCACAGGCUUGGGGGGUGCCAGGCAUGAAAUCUAGCAGGACACUUAACACUCCCCUGUGGACAAAGGUUCCCCCAGGAAUAGCUUGAAACCACAGCUCUCCCCCACACCUGGAAUUUAGGGCCCAAAGCACUGGAUGUGAAGGGUGAGCAUGUUAGCUGCUGAACCUGUAUUUGCCGUGUCACUGGUACGUUGAACACUUGCCUUUCCUGGAAGUGCACUUUGUGGAUUCAGGCACCCACAGCUGGGUUGCAGGCAGUUCAUGCGGGAUGGAUCCCAAUUGUAGGGUGUUCAACUCCUAGGGUUUGUCAGCACUUAGUGAAGACGCGACCUACGCCGAUGGGAGAGCUGCUCCCUUUAGCCUAGGUACUCCACCUUCCUGAGAGGCUGUAGCUACGGCGACGGGAGAAGCCGUUCUGUCGACAUAGCGCUGUUUACACCAGGAGUUCGGUCGGUAUAAUUGUGUUGCUCAGGGGUUGGGAUUUUCCACUCCCCUGGGUGAUGUAGUUAUUCCAACAUCAGUUCGUAGUGUGGACCAGGGCCUAGUAACCUCACUCACAUGGCACAAUUGAACUCCACCUCAUUCUUCCUUCCAAAUAGGACUGUGGUAAUUCCAUCCCCUGCCCUACCACAUCAACAGCUGCUCCUAAUGCCAGUUUGACUAGAAGAAUGAGCACAGUGAGUCAAGAAGCCAUGGGUUCUAAUCUCAUUUUUUCCUCUGGCUCCAUUGGGGCAAGUGUUUUCUCCCCAUAUGUGCCUCAGUUUCCACAUCUGUAAAAUGGGGAUAUUUACCUCAAACAUUGAGGAUUAAAAAGGGGUCCAUAUUUGUACCGUGCUUUGAACAUGUAAAGUUUGAUAAAUACUAUUACUUAUUGCCUAUGUUAUCUAGUGUAACCCAUCUACUAUAGACUAUGCUUGUGCUCACAGCACAAAUGUGUGUUUGUAUUAAAGAUAUGUGCUGUUGUCAAAGCAACAGAACUCAGCUGUUAAAGGAAUUUCAGUAAGUACCCAGCAUUGACUUGGAUUAACACGGUAUUAACAUUUCACAAUUUUUCUCCCCACACUUAAUUUAAAAAAAUAAAAAAAUCAGCAACCUCUAGUGCUUUGUAUGGAUUGGAGGGUGGCAGGGAGGGGAGAGGAAGAAGCUACAGUAAUCAACUAGGAGGUGAUGAGGAUCUGGACAAGAGCGGAGACAGUCUAGACAGAAAGAAAAG